GCUGAGAGAUAGGUUUGAAGACUGAAGGGAGGGGCCGAAUCAGACACUGCUGGCCAAACUCGGGAACAGGCUGUGCUCAACUCCAGCUUGGGGGCUCGGGUCUAGCCCGGGGUGGGAGCUGUCCACAGGGGAUGGAGUGCUGAAACUCUGUAGAGCCUGAUAAGCAAGAACAGGAGAAAGUCGCUCUAAGGGCUGGAGGGUUGAACGGAUCUCCCCUUUUUCUGGAGUCCUCUCUCCUCAAAGAUUCCCUGCCGUCACCUACUCCUGGUUAGGGGAGAGAUAUGGCGUUCAUGGUGAAAACCAUGGUGGGAGGCCAGCUGAAGAACCUCGCUGGGGGCCUGGGGGGCGGCGAGGAGAAGGGUGAAGGGGACAAAUCGGCGGCUGAAGCUCAAGGCAUGACUCGGGAGGAGUAUGAGGAAUAUCAGAAGCAACUGGUAGAGGAGAAGAUGGAACGAGAUGCCCAGUUUACACAAAGGAAAGCAGAAAGGGCCACCCUACGCAGCCACUUCAGAGACAAGUACCGCCUGCCCAAGAAUGAGACAGAUGACAACCAGAUCCAGAUGGCUGGGGGGGAUGUGGAGCUGCCCAAAGAGCUGGCCAAGAUGAUCGAAGAGGACAAUGAGGAGGAGGAAGAGAAGGCUUCGGUCAUUGGGCAGCUGGCCAGCAUCCCCAACCUGGACCUCGGCUCCAUCAAGGACAAGGCACAGGCUACUCUGGGAGAAUUAAAGCAGUCAGCUGAAAAGUGCCACAUCAUGUGACCGCUAUCCCCCUCCUCAGCCCCAAGGCGGUCAGUCUACCCCAGUCCUGCCUCAAUGUGAUAUGGAGGGAUGGGGUGGGUAGGGCAGAGAUGGCCAGAUGUUGGGAGACACAGCUGGCAGGGAGGGUAGCUGUAGAGCAGUGUCACUCCCCCUGGGGUCCAGGGAGGGCUCCCCUCCUGGUGACCCACAUUCUGUCUCUGAGUCCUUAUUUCUCCAGGGUCUUCCUUUAUCCUAGCUAAGAUCCUGCCUUCUAGUUCCUACCCACCCCCAUCCCUAACAUUCUUAGCUCUGGUCCCUUAUCUAGGGGAUGGGUAUGUAUGAUGGGGCUACUCUGGUAGCAAAGCCCCUCUCCCCCAGCCAAGUGUGGGGCUGACACUUAAGGAUGAGUGACAACAGGAAGUUGGUAUCUCUAUAGCUGGCAGUUCACCCAACCUCUCCUUCAAACACACACACACACACACACACACACACACACACACACACACAUACACACACACACACCAGAAAACCCAGAGCUCCACUGACCUAUACAGACACACACCUAAAUACACAACCACAAGCCCAAAACCAAACACACACACACACACACACACACACACACACACACACACACACCACAUAGGCCAAGGCAUCUAUUUCCAUGUUGACACACAGACCUUAGUACCCAGAAGCCAUUGUACACAUUAGUAGUACAAACAUUGACAUGCAGACUUCUACCUUGGAGCAUGGAGCCAAAAAGGAUGGUGGGGGAGGGGGAGAGAGACUUGGACUGGGAUGGAGGAGUCCUGGGUUCUUUCCCUGUUAUUGCUGCACACCUCUGAGCAUUCCAUCCCCCCUACUCUGUGCCUUGAAAGUAGGAGGGACUCUACCCAUCCUUCAAGGUCCAAUUCAGGUCCCACUCCCUCCAGAAAGCUUGGUCCAAUGGUUCCAGUCUGUAUUGAUCCCUCCCUUCUCUGAAUAAGCCCCCAGACAUUCAGGGUACAUACCAGGUUGUGUGCCUUCCUCCCCACCCCCAAUUCCACAGGAAGCAUCCACGUGAGACAAGACUUCAAAGGUAUCAAUCCCAGAAAUCUUUUCCUCUAUGGGGAAACCUGCUUUGCUGGGGGGCUUCACAUUUUGAUGGCUUUACUGUGUGAGCCCUUUGGAAAUGGUGUGCUAACACAGCCUUUUUUCUUUGCCUGUGCCCUCUGUUUUCCUCACUUCUGUCUGUUACUGGGGGAUAGGAGGGAUGGUUAGCCAAUGGGCGCUCCAUAAAAGUGUGUAAAGGACAGUGUCUCAGACCAUGAAAAUUCACUUGGGGUCUUCAGCCUUCUCUUGGUCACAUGCAUCCAUGCACAUGCCAAAUGUUCUCUUUCCUUCUGGAGCUCUCAAAGCACAUUCACACUAGGACUUAAU